UUUACAGUGGUCUCUCCGAUAAGAUUGAUGACACAGGAGAGGAAGAUGAAGAUCUCUAUGACUGUGUUGAUAUGGAUGAAGAAGAAGGCAAUGAAAUAUAUGAAGAUCUCAUGAAUGAUGACCAACCUCCUCCAAAAAAAGAUGGGAAAAUGACUACAGAAGAUAUGAAAAAGAUGCUGCCUCCAGGAACUGUACCAGACAGAGGAGAAAUACUCAGACACACUUGGAUCCAUCUGUCAGUUCUUUAUGAAGCCCCUUCAUAUGUUCCUAAGUGAAAGUGAAAUGACCAGUGUCUUCAUCAACAUAGAGGAUUUAAGAAAACUUCAUCAAGACUUUCUGGCAGAAAUGAAGUCAUGCAUCUCACCCAAAAACACACACAGCUUGUAUCAAGUUUUCCUCCGCAAUAAGGAGAAGUUUCUAAUUUAUGGUCAAUACUGUAGUCAAGUAGAAUCUGCCUCUAAAAUGUUGGAUCAGACAUCACAGGAACACGAGGAUGUCAAGAUGAAGCUUGAGGAAUGUUCUCAAAGGGCAAACAAUGGUCGUUUCUCUCUACGGGAUUUGCUGAUGGUGCCCAUGCAACGA